AUGGCAAACUACACAAAUUAUUCGAAUGCAACUGACCCCUUGCAGACUGCGACUCCAGAAGAAUACGGGAAUCGAUAUUUUAUGAUAUUCCUGGUUACAGCCGAGAUUAUCAUAGCAAUUGUAUCGUUGGUCAGCAACUUCCUCGUCGUGUACGCUUUUGUUGCCUACAAAAAACUUCGGACGAGCGUUACGAACUAUUUUGUCAUAUCGCUGGCAGUAUCAGACAUCUUAACCUCAGGGCUGGUCACUGCGUUCAAAGCGGACAUGAACUCUAAACGUUACCUUUGGACACAUGGUUUGUUCAUGUGCCAUCUCUAUACAACAAUGUUUUUACUAGCCUUACCAAGCUCUGUAAUCAACUUGUGCGCCGUCACAGUGGAUAGAUACCUAGUCUUGAGGAUGCCCCUACGUUACACGACCCUUAUGCCGCCAAAAAGAGCCGUUGGCAUCAUCUGUUUUCUGUGGAUUUACGCUAUAGUGUGGUCUUGCCUGCCUAUUUUAGGCUGGAAUGUUACAAACGGAGCAUCUGUGUUGCAAAACGGGUAUUGUUACCAUUCGUCCACAAACUUAUACAAUAAUUUAAUGAAUGUUAUAAACUUCUUAUUUCCCAUGGUUUUCAUGGCUAUCUUCUGGGUGUUAAUCUAUUCAAUAGUUCGCAAGCAUCGCAAGAGAGUUCUGAAAAUAGAGAGAAGCCUUUCGCGUAACACUAACGACUCCUCGAAUUCGAGCAACAACACAAACGGAGAAGUCUAUGCAAUGACUCAGCUUACGGCGCGAAAUGAAAAGACAGAGGAAAAACGUUUGCGGCGUAACGUUCGCGGAUCUCGCUUCAUUGGCUUUAUCGUUGUACUGUUCUAUUUCUGCUGGCUUCCGUACGUCAGCUUAAGUGUUAUAGGCAACAUCUGUGUAUCAUGCAUGGCGCGCGUUCCUCCUAUUCUCUACGAAGUAUUUCUGGCACUUGGUUUCCUCAACUCAGCCCUUAAUCCAUUUCUGUACCCGUUCCAUGACAAACACUUUAAAGCGGCGUUCAAAGACAUGUGGAAAAAACUGAGAAGCAAGGCCAUUUCUACGUUACUACAAUCACAUGGCAAAGGUGCAGUUUUUAUCUAG